AUGAUACACCCUUUUCAAUCAGUAGCGUCUAACUCGGAUGGCUCUCUACUAUUCUUUGUGAUUAAAAAUAGUAUUCUGGUGUACAGUGUGAAAGAUUCGAAUGAUGAGUUUAAGCUUGUUGGCGAGUGGAGCGAUGAGGCAGAUAGUACUGCUAUUAUUAAAGAGAAGGUGACCAAAGAGCAGCAGAGACAGCUGGCCGAAAAUACAGCAAAAAAGUUGAAGGCGAAUGACGGCACCGCUCUUCCUCAAGAACACAAGGAAGCGAAAAUUCCCAAACCUGGUCAAGGUGCUCCGCCAAUUUAUCAAUAUAUCAGAAACGUGAAAUUGUCACGCGAUGGUAAAUGGCUUUUUGCUUGUACAGAUUCGGAUAAGGCCAUUGUCAUGUUCGAAAUUAGCGCUGAGGACAAAAACAAUUGUUUAAGGCUUGCAAAGCGGCAACGAUUACCAAAAAGGCCAAACGCGAUUACUACCACUAUUGAUGACAAGCAAUUAAUAGUUGCAGACAAGUUUGGAGAUUUGUACUCAUUUGGAGUCAAUGAUGACCAGCCUUGUGUGAAUCCAGAGCCGAUAUUAGGUCAUGUUUCACUAUUGACUGACGUCGCGAUUGGUUUAGACUCAAACGGAAAGCAGCUUGUUUUCACGUCUGACAGAGAUGAGCAUAUUAGAAUAACGCAUUUUCCACAGAGUUUCAUCAUCGAUAAAUGGCUCUUUGGGCAUAAGGAAUUCAUAUCGACAAUGUGUUUGCCUGUAUGGGCACCUGAGUUGUUAUUCAGUGCAGGUGGGGAGAGCUCUAUUUUUUCAUGGAAUUGGCAAACAGGCGAGCUACUUGACAGAUUUAAUAUUGCUGAACUGAUUCAACCCUUUCUGACUGAGAACCAUCUUGCGCCUGAUAGAUUUCAAAAUAAGGAAGGAAACCUCAUCGAGUACUCUGUGUCAAAAAUUGUCACAUUCGAUAGUCUGCCUUUAAUUGCCUUCUUCAUAGAGGCUACAAAGGCUAUCUUUACUUGCCAGAUCAACCGCGAUAGUGGUAAAAUAGCAUUAAAACAGGUUUUAGAAGUUCCUUACAAUGUUGUUUCUCUGGCAUGUGCCGAGACAACCGGGGAGCUCAUUGCUACCUUGGACAAUCAAAAUUCCCACGACAAAAACUUCGUGGCUUUUAUUUCUAUGGAUGUCGAUAAGUUUCACAUAAACCAGUCCAAGCAACAAAAAUUUGAUGAUUUCAUCAACAGUAGGCUGAGUGAUAAUGAAAUUGCAAACAUCGAACAAGAGGGUAUUUAUCCUCUGUAUCAUGUAGCAUCCUUGAGGAAACGCGGUGAGCAUUGA